AUGACGAAAACACAGCCAACCAUAUUUGUAUUAGGUUUCGGAUCAAUAGGUGCUCUUUUGGCAGCCCAGCUGCAGAAGCGUGCUCAGGCAAAUGUUAUCCCUUUACUUAGAUCCAAACAGAGGUUAGCUGAAUUCCAAAAGUAUGAGUACAAGGCUAAGAUCCGCUCAAUUUUCAAAGAGGGGCAUCCGGAACUUGUGGCUACCUUUCCAAAUGCCUCCUGCCCGGAUCUGAUGCCAAGCGAAUGCAAGAUCGACAACUUGAUUAUUACUACCAAAACAUACCAAACCAAGGAGGCAAUGGCACCAUACAUGAAAUAUAUCCAUCCAGAUACUAACAUCAUUCUUGUUCAGAAUGGGCUUGGUGUUUUUGAGGUGUUGCAAGAGGAGGUAUUCUUGGAUUUCAGUCCUAAUCUAUUCCAAGGCGUAAUUUCCCAUGGUGCGUUCCACGAUACGGGGUUCACUUUCAACCAUGCUGGGUUUGCCGAUCUCAAAAUUGCUAGGCUGCCCGUGGGAAAGAAUUCAGAUAUUGUACAAAGCUUGUCACUUGUGCGGGAGGACGCAGAGAAUAAUGAACUAAUGAAAGCAUUCUGCGAGCCUCAGUUUGUCGAGAGCCUAGCGGUCAAGCACUUGACAUACCAAGAAAUGCUUUUGGGCCAAUUAGAGAAAUUUUUGGUGAACGCAUGUAUCAACCCAAUCACUUCGAUCGUGGACUGCAUCAAUGGGGAGCUGAAGACCAUUGCAGGGCCCAUAUUCGAGUCGAUAAUCACGGAGGCACUAGCGGUCCUGAAAAUUGCCUACAAACCUCUCUUUGACUACACGCCCAAGAAUAGUGAUUUCCCUGCGUUGGAUGUCACUGGGACACUAGACGCCAGCAGAAUGCUUGAAUUCAUCAUCAGAAUCGGGUGCAUUGUUAACGACGACAACAGUUCUUCUAUGAGACAAGAUGUGCUCAAUCUCCGUGAUACUGAGAUACAGUACAUCAACGGCUUUAUAGUAAGACUUUGUGAGAAGCUAGGUUUGCCCUCCGAACAAUGCAAAGUGAACCAGACUGUGGAAACACUUGUAAACCUAAGAUUGGGGUUAAACAGAACAAGAGAUCAAUUUGGCGACAAGAGAAAAAAGUGA